AGAAAAUUAUUUGGAGAAAAGAGAAAUAGAUCGAAUCAAUUAAGAAGUCAAAAUAAAAAAUAAAAAGGUACUCAUAUCUUUUAUCCACCAUUACGACCAGAAUACACUCCUCCCCUACCGCAUAAAAUGUCACAACCGGUGCUGGUAAUGAAAAAAAGCUGUUGCUUCCUCCUUCACCGCAGAUGGAACAAGAACACUACCUCCUUCCUUAUCGUUGAUGGACACAGAGACACCGCCACACCCUCCUUCACCGCAGGUAGAGAUAGAGAUGUCACCUGGUUGUCAGUCGUCACCUGAGAUAGAACCGCCAUUACCUCCUCCUUCGCCAUUGAUGGAGACAGAAUCGCCGCCGCCUCUUUCACCGUCGACGGAGACAGAAACGCCGUGCGCCUCUUUCUUUGUCGCGGGUGAAGAGAGAGUCGUUGCCUCCUCCUCCUCCACCUUCGCCUCCGGAGACCGAAAUUCCAACACCGUCAGUGGAGAUUGGAGGCCUCUGCAAGCCCUUGUACCUAUUGGGUCAAAAUAUUGACUUGGAAGAGGGAUGUAAGUGAAUCUUCCACUUUGAAAUUGAAAUCGGCACUUAGACGGGGAUAUCAAAAAGCGGCUUUUACCCAGAAUUCCAAUCUCUCUCGAUAUCAAAGUUGAAACCCUUUUGUUACUCACCAAACAUUAAUUUCAGAAACUCCAUAUCAGAGAUAUGGAAAACGCAUUUCCGAUUUCUUCACCAAAUAUACCCUAAAUAAUAUUAAUUUUUAAUUUAUCCUUCCGUAUCACGAGGGUUUCGCCGGUGACCUUCUGCGUCAUUGCCGACGAUCUCCGGCGAGUGAGAGCGUGUUAAGGUGAGUUUCAGAGAGAGCUUGACGAGUGCUAUCAUUCGAUCUCCAUCUCACCACCAUCGAGGCUUUCUCCAGACCUCGAUAGAACUUCUUAGUGACAACCAUGGGUUUGGUCAUUCCUUGGAGUGUUACUUUGGCACUGGUUGAUGGGUAUUCUGUGUGCCUAAAAUGCUCGGUUUGACAGCCAGGAAUACUCUUAAUGAUUGUUUUAGGAGAUUGGGUAUCUAAUUUCUGCCUUGCCUCCAUUAAUUAAUUUUUGACAAUUACCAUUGAUUAGUUUUGAUUUUAAACAGGCAUUGUCGCUCCUCACACUAGGCGCAGCCACCUCAACAACCGCCGUUGUUGACCUCCUAUUAAGAGCUGAGGGAACAUUUUGCCCUUCAAAGCUCUGUAGUAGAUAUCAAAUAUCAGCUGCUAUGGCCUUCUUCACAUGGUUUCUUUCCAUGGCAUCAUCCCUUUCCAAUCUUUGGCUUCUUCCUUCCUUGCUUUAAUUCUUCGUAGCCUUUUUGUACAUAACAAUACUCAAAUAGUUGCAGUGUUUUUUG